AUGGGCAAAUUAUGCAAAUGCAACAGCAGACUGCUCUGCAUGUUCCUGCUCCCCUGCAUGAUGACCAGCCACCUUCUGAUUUACAUCAUGGUGUCCAUAUUCGUCACCAUCUCCUACACGCCUCCAAAAAUAACCCUCCACUACAUUGCCUCCGGGAGUACCGCUAACUCCUCUGCCCUGGCCUCUCACCCACUUGGCCCUUUCUGGAACCUCCGUCUGGAGGACAGUGCACUGUGGAACCAGUUGCAGCAUGUUUGGGACCGCCAGCACAACCCAAUACUGCGAGGAAACGCGACUGGGACCCCGGGGGAGACGAAAGUUAAGCUUUUACCAGACAUUGAAGAUGAAUGCUCUUCUGCCUGCAUGUCGCACAAGUGUUCACUCCCUCGUAUGCAUGAUUUUAACAGCUUGCCAGAGCAAAUGAGGGCAUUUAUAAUGGCGAUGCACUGCAUGGAGUACCCCCUACUCAUCAAUCAACCCGGUAUGUGUCGGAGGAACAGUAGCUUUGGUUUGGAUUCUCCCAUGCUCCUCAUGGCCAUCAAAUCCCAGGUGGGGAACUUUGAAAACAGGCAGGCCAUCCGUGAAACGUGGGGACACAGUGGCCUGGUGAAGGGGGAAAGCAGCAAGAAGGGAGGACUAGUGCGCACGGUGUUCCUCCUCGGAAGGCAGGACUCAAGUACAGGUCCUCACCCGGACCUCAGAAACCUCCUGGAGCUCGAGAACCACAAAUACGGGGAUAUCCUGCAGUGGGAUUUCAAAGACACUUUCUUCAACUUGACCCUGAAGGACUUGCUGUUCUGGCAUUGGCUGCAGCGGUACUGCCCCACGGCCGUCUUCGUGUUCAAAGGGGAUGACGACGUCUUUGUUCGAACAGGCGCCCUUCUGGAUUACCUGCACACGCAGUGGGAGGAGCACAACCUGUGGAAAGCCUACACGAACAAAACUGAGCUGGAUUUGUUUGUGGGGGACGUGAUCUACAACGCAAGGCCCAACCGUGAGCCGUCCACUAAAUAUUACAUCCCAGAGCGUUUCUACAAAGGCGUGUACCCGCCGUAUGCCGGCGGAGGAGGGGUGGUGUAUUCUGGCUCACUUGCAUUGCGAUUGAAAGACGUGUCCGAGAGGGUGCGCCUUUUCCCAAUAGACGACGUGUAUCUGGGCAUGUGCCUGCACAGGCUGGGCCUCUCCCCGAGCCAUCACCCGGGCUUUUUAACUUUUGAUCUCCCACAGACGGACAGGGGAAAUCCCUGUGCUUACAGGUCCGUUCUGCUGGUGCACAGGCGGAGUCCCAACGAGAUGCUGACCCUGUGGCAGCAGCUCCAGGGUCUGCCACGUCACUGCUGA